UGCUUCCGUCGAAUUCACAACAUCAAACAUGUCUGCCGCCAUAAGUUCCCUCGUUUCUUACGGCACCGAUUCCGAUCCCGAAAAUGAGUCGGAAUCUAAUACCAGUUCCGAUAAUGUGGAUCCGAUGGACCCGGACGCUAUGGCCCACCUCAAACCACUACCGUCUGGACAGUCGAUGUCGUUGGCUGUUCUCAAUUCUGCCCCUGAAGUUGCCGUCAAGGAGUCUGUCGAGACAGGCACACACCUGGACCCUUCGCUGAAAGAAGUCACUCACAACCCCACAUUUGAGACGCUGUUUGCACCCGAGUUUGGGCCAAUGAACCCAUAUAAAUCCCAGCAGAUGGCUGCCCCCAGGAACAUGUUGUCUGGCUAUGCAGAACCUGCUCACGUCAACGACUUUAUGUUUGAACAGCAAAGGAGGACCUUCUCCACCUUUGGUUAUGCGUUAGAUCCCUCUGUCGACACACACCAGGUAUCCUCAACUGGCUUCAUCGGUGCAGUAGAUGAGGCUGAGAAAAAUAAAGGUUUAACUGUGUUUGAGAGUGGACAUAAAAAAUCAGAGAAAAGGAAAAAGGUUAAAGGUGGAGAUGCGGAAGAGAUUGACAACUUCCUUGGACCCUGGGCUAAAUAUGCAGAUGAGAAAGAUCUGGCGAAACCAUCUGAGGAAGAGAAGAAAGAGCUGGAUGAAAUCUUGGCCAAGAGACAGAAGAAAGGAAGGAAUGAAGAAGAUGCUCCAGCAGAGGAGAAGACCGUUCUCCAUGUUAAAGACAUGUAUGAUUACCAGGGCAGGUCUUACCUUCAUGCACCACAGGACGUGGGCACCAACCUGCGCUCUGACAAUAUUCCAGACAAGUGUUAUCUGCCUAAAAAACAGAUUCACGUCUGGUCUGGACACACUAAGGGUGUCAGUGCAAUCCGAUUGUUUCCUAGCUCUGGUCAUCUUCUGCUCUCCUCCUCCAUGGAUUGUAAGAUCAAGCUGUGGGAGGUGUACAAUGAGAGGAGGUGCGUACGGACAUUUAUUGGCCACAGCAAAGCAGUACGAGACAUUUGCUUCAACAACAGCGGGACCCAGUUCCUCAGCGCUGCCUAUGACCGCUAUCUGAAACUGUGGGACUCUGAAACAGGCCAAUGUAUCUCCCGCUUCACCAACAGAAAGGUACCAUAUUGUGUGAAGUUCAACCCAGACGAGGACAAGCAGAGCCUUUUUGUGGCCGGCAUGUCCGAUAAGAAGAUUGUCCAGUGGGACAGCAGGACGGGCGAGGUAGUUCAGGAGUAUGAUCGCCACCUGGGAGCCGUCAACACCAUCACCUUCGUGGAUGAGAAUCGUCGGUUUGUCAGCACGUCAGAUGACAAGAGUCUUCGAGUUUGGGAAUGGGACAUCCCCGUGGACUUCAAGUACAUUGCCGAGCCCAGUAUGCAUUCUAUGCCAGCUGUGACACUCUCUCCCAAUGGUAAAUGGCUUGCGUGUCAGUCCAUGGACAACCAGAUUCUUAUAUUUGGAGCCCAGAACCGCUUCAGACUGAACAAGAAGAAGAUCUUCAAGGGUCACAUGGUUGCUGGCUAUGCCUGUCAAGUGGACUUCUCCCCCGACAUGAGCUAUGUGGUUUCAGGAGAUGCAGACGGAAAGCUGAAUAUUUGGGACUGGAAGACCACAAAGCUUUACCACAGGAUCAAGGCUCAUGACAAGGUCUGCAUCAGCGCCUUGUGGCAUCCACACGAAACCUCUAAGGUCAUCACCUGCGGCUGGGAUGGACAAAUCAAACUUUGGGAUUAGAAAGUGCUUAAGGUUGUGAAUGUAGGAGACCAGAGUUAGUUUGCCCCAGUUUUUUUUUGUUAAGUGGAAGCCACAGGACUGGUAUCCAGUCUUAUUGUAGCGGUGUCAGUCUACCCUGAGAGCUCAAGAUAUAAAAUUCAUGUAAUAUCUGUACAAAGAUGAGUGCAAGCUUACUUUUAAAAAUAGUUUCUACAGCAAGAGACACAUUUGAGGGAUACUUUGGCAGUUGUCUUUUUUUCUUUUCUUUUUUUUAUGGAAGUGUUUUCAUUUUAAUUGGCAGUGUUGACUGUGGAAUAACUUUGUCUUUUUUGUUUUCAUUUUUUCUGACCAUCCCUUUUUGGAAAUAAACAUUCUGUGCAUUUUA